CCAUAGAUACACUUAUGUCAAUCGCUGUAGGGGCGCACUGCUCUCCUAUUAGAAAAGUGGUCGAAAAUAAAAAAGUAAUUGGUGUAUAAUUUUAUACAUAGUCAUUCGAAUUUAUCUCCUUGCUACAUAACGAUCAAUAAUUAUAACACUCUUUUAAAAUGUUGAUUAAAGUCAAGACGCUUACUGGUAAAGAAAUUGAAAUAGAUAUAGAACCCACCGACAAAGUGGAAAGAAUCAAAGAAAGAGUAGAAGAAAAGGAAGGCAUUCCGCCGCAGCAACAGCGUCUCAUAUUUUCAGGAAAACAAAUGAAUGAUGAGAAGACAGCUCAAGAUUACAAAGUUCAGGGAGGUUCAGUACUUCAUCUUGUUUUGGCUUUAAGGGGAGGCGAAUGAUCUGGCUUGUGAUAAUUUUCCUUUGUAUUUAUAAAAUUAAGUUUUAUUUUUCAUUACAUAUAAAAUAAUAUGUAAAAAAA